GUUAUUUAAUGAGCCAAACAGGUAGGCAGAAUGACGACAACUGGCCUUUAAAAGCCACCGUUCGCGGUUACUCAGUGGCAUUCUUUCAGCGUUACAUUAAAAAUGGCACCAAGAGAACACUUCGAGUUCGUUAUUUUACGCAUGACAUUUGUUAAUUAUAUUGAUCCGCUUUAUCCGCGCAUCAGUUUGACAAGAAAAAAGCAUUCACCCGGCGCAUCUCUAACACAAGUGCGAGAAUGGUUCGAUCGGGUAAUGUCGCGGGAGAAGAUGAAAUUACCUCCCAAUGCGAAUGUUCGGUAUUCAGAGUGGCGAGUAAUUUCUGGCAAUUCUAAUCUGUUUGUGGUUGAUGGCCAUCGCUUUGACAAAAUAAUAAUUCUCAUGGGUGAGGAGUCAAACCACUGGAUGUUCUACCAAAGUGUGCCUCUUCAUCGUCGCAUUGAAGGCAGCGCCCGGUUACCUCUUACUUACUGUGGUUGUUGCUUAAACAACCAGUACUUGAAUAUAAUGGAUGCGAUAAAAAAAUGUUUAUUAAAGCCAAGAGUUCGUUAAAUAAAAAUAUACGUAAAAAAAUUAAAUUAAAUUUUGAUAUGAAGUAUUCUACCGAUUGAUUGAAGGG